AUAAAGCCCAAUAAACAAAUAAAACUCCUAAACAACGUAUGUAUAUACUUUAUAAGUUGAUUCAGUCUCUGCAGCGUCCUCUUGCUUUUUGUGAUACAGGUUAGUUUGUUUUGGAAAUAUAAUGAGCGCAUACGUUGGAAUGUCUCUUUCUAAGCAAACGCAAGACGCCUCCUCUUGUAGAAUGCACACUUUUGGCAACUAUGGAUCACUCCCUGAGUUCCACCAGUCCAAUUACGCGUACGAAGGGCUUGAUCUCAGCGGAUCCUUCACUUCUCAAAUCCCCUCCGAUUCUUUGAAACGGGAGGCGAUAAACACAACCGACCGUGCAAGGAUCAGUGCAGCAAUUCAGCGACCACAGUCCUGUUUGGCUCUGGGCUCUCGCUUCGUAAGCACUCGCGGGUACAGCCCCCUCAGUCACGGACUGUUGAGCCAAAAAGCCGAGGGGAAUAUGGAAGUUAUGGAGAAGCCCAGCGGCAACAGCCGUACAGGCGAUAUCAAAAUGGAGACUACUUCGGCGAUAAAGCAACAAACUAAUUCAACUCAGUCUCAGCGUCAGAACCAGUCGCAGCCGCAGAUAUAUCCGUGGAUGACAAAACUACACAUAAGCCACGAAUCUGACGGUAAAAGGUCACGAACCAGUUACACCCGCUACCAGACUCUGGAGUUGGAGAAAGAGUUCCAUUUCAACCGAUACCUCACACGUCGCAGACGUAUCGAGAUUGCCAAUAACCUCUGCUUGAAUGAGCGCCAAAUAAAAAUUUGGUUCCAGAACCGUCGCAUGAAGUGGAAGAAGGACUCAAAGUCGAAAGUGAAAGGAGGACCAUAAAUAAUGUGUUGUACGGCUUGAACAGUCUAAAAAUAAAGACAAGGUUCAUUUUUACUGAUAUAAACUAAUUCAAAUAGAGUUUUCUUUUCCACAACAGUUGGUAAUGUCUUUCAUUUGUCUCCAAUACAAUGUUGUUAUGUGAAUAUGUCCACAUUUGCAAUAUUUAUUGAUAGUGUCUCCUCCAACGGGUUGGCCCCCUCACUAUAUUGCGGGAGGUGCUUAUUUGAAUUAUGUAUGAUCUGAAACUUUAUUUGAAUGUGCUUUGCUAAAAUUGGUUGUAACUUUAGUCUUUCCUUAAUAUACCAAGCCAGGCCUGCAUCCAAUUAAAAUGACUUAAAUGUAAAUGCAAAUAAUGUGGUCUGUACGCUUGAACAUUCAUCAAUAUGCCAACUGUAUUUUGCAGUUUAAUGGGACUUUUCUUUGUAUCCAUUGUACUGUCUCUCGUAAAUAGAUGAACUAUAAUAUCCACACAAUGCUAAUAGGGCAACAACUAUAAUGUCAUAUUAAUGGUUGUGUAUCAUAUUAUCUGUUAGCCAGGAGCCUAUCAAUGGUUAUUUGCUAUUGGGGAUUAUGUCUGUUCAAAUACUGUACAAUCAGAACAUUUAUUCUUUUGUUGUAACUUGUUCCUUUGGGCUAAUUUUAAGGCAGGUAGUAUCAUGACUUUUGUUAGAUUCUACUUGUCAGUGGUAUAUAUGCCACGCUGUAACCCCAUUGAGUGCUUAUUGACACAUCUUAAUCCAAACAUGCUACAGGACAUACUGUACGUUCUAAUUGUAAUUUAGCUACAAAUCCUAUUUUUGUGUUAUUCCAAUCGUUGUAUGUGUUUGCAUGUGUGUGUGUGUGUGUGUGUGUGUGUGUGUGUGUGUGUGUGUGUGUGUGUGUGUGUGUGUGUGUGUGUGUGUGUGUGUGUUUAUUUGUUCUAUUUUUCUUCUUCUGGAGUUUCUCUGGUACACCACAUGAAUAUAUUUCCAGUUCCUAAUCAAUUAUUAACUUUUAAAUGGCUAAACAUGCCAAUACAGUGGCAAAAUAUUACCCAUUUUCAUUAGCUCUGUCUUUAAAGCCAUCUACGUCAAAGAAAACAAUAUAGUUAUAAUGUAAAUAAACUUGUAGAAACUUCAGAAGAUCAGAUUUUGAACAUUGUUUUGUUUGUUUAAAACAUUAGGAACAAAAGUGAAAAUUGGUCUGUCAUUUAAAAAAGCUUACAUUUUUAGUUUUUCGUGCAGAUUUAAGGAGAAAAAAGUGUUCUGUGCAGUACAAAUAUUAAUAUGAUUUUUUUAAAUAAUUAUUCGUGUAUCCAUCGAGGACCAGACUUCAUGUGUAUACUUCCAGUGAUGAGGAAUGGUUGAUCUUUAACAUUCUUGCCACUUAUUUACAGUAGCCCUAGACGGAGGCACAUAAAACUUUACGACCCCAAUAAACUUUUACAGCGCUUCCUCUCACCCAUCAGAAACUGACAACUGUUUCCUCUUUUCACAAACCGGCGGAAGUUUACACAAACAUUUCAAAGUGACGUUUUGGUAUAAAACCCUUAACAAAAGACUGGUUUGCAAAUGUAAUCAAGUAUUCCACGCAUUACAUCGAAUUAAUUGUUAGUUUUUCUUUUAUGAAUGGUUACCCCAGUUUCCCAAAAGGAAUCAAUAAAAUAUCUGUCUGUCUGUCUGUCUGUCUGUCUCUGUUUAUCUAUCUAUCUUUCAGGAUAUCUCUGUAAGACAGCCUAAAACUUUAUUGUUUUGUGUGUUAAGCAGAGUGAAUUCCUACUGCUAUUACAUUAUUGUUGAAAUACGUAAUUUAGAUGAAGCUAUGAUGCAGCCUGUAAGCUAUUUUGUGGGCAGAACUAUCACGUAAUCCAAGUCCAUUGCAAUAAAGGUGAAACAGAGGACACAGCAAGACCGUUGUCUUGCUAGUAGAAAAUUUGCAUUUUGUACACCUUGUUCUACACGCGUGAUAUCUUUCGCUAUACUAUUGUUUUUUUAUUAUUAUUAUUAUUAUUAUUCAUAAUUCUUACCUCUCA